AAUACCGUAAUUGUUAAAAGGAAACCUUCGCACGAAACAUUCCCCAUCUUCAGGCUUUCACGUCCCUCCCUGCAGGUGUUGUCCAGGUGGAGCAGACUGCUUGGUGCCAGUCUGGAAAUGGAUUGUCUCCCCGGGUGUUAAAAGUUAAUAACCAGAAAACAAGGAAAUGUCACGCUUUCGAUAAAAGCACGACAGAAAGCCUAAGUGCAGCUCUUUUGUUUUUAUAAUAAAACUGCAUCUAUUAGUCAAAUAUGUAAUAAAACGCAUUCAAAUAAACAUUCCCUUUCUUCUUGUAUAUAAGUAAUAGGCGAAAUACAAGUGAACAUUUUUCACUGUUCGGUUUUAUAUUUGCAUAACGUACACAAUAAGUUCCGUUGCUUUUAUAACUAUUAAAAACUUAUUACGACGCUUCAAGAGCAUUUUCCAAACAUAAAAUUAAUACUCGAAACACCUGUAAUAAAUGCAAUCUACUGCAAUAAACAUAAAGAAGAAAUUACGCCCAGAACACCUGUACGACCCAAGGCUUUAUCUGUUCGUGUUUCAAACAAUAGGGAUUUUCACCCUCUUUGCUUACAUUCAUUUGACCGAAUACACGUGUUAGACAUGACAAGUUAUAAAGCCCAGCAGAAGGAAGAGAUCUCAUUUGAGAAAAACAACUCGAAGAUGAAGAUCGGCUGGUACAUUUUGUGUAUUUUAAUUUGUUAUCUCUUAACAGAAGUAGAUGCCAGGCGGUCUAAUAAUCGAAAUAGAAGACAAAGAUUACGUCAGACUCGACCCUCUUCUAAUCCGUAUACUUCUAUAUACGGAGAAUGGUCUUCGUGGGGUCGCUGUAAUCAUAAAUGUAGACAAGCGAGAAGUAGAGAGUGCUAUGCACCAUCUUACUGCAUUCCAAAAAAUUUGAGACAAACCAAGAGAUGUUCCGUUUGCCCUCGAAAAUUCGAAAUUAUACCUUUACGCGAGCAGUCCGAUUCCUCCAGAAAUGGUAGGGUUCGAAUCGAAGCUAAGAUGUUAAAGGAAUUACAGAAUGCAGUGUAUUCGGAAUGGUCCGAUUGGGCUCCGUGUAACGUAAGAUGCGUCACCAGCAGACAGAGAAGAUGUCUUGUACCCGAAGCAUGCGCUGGUAACACGCUGCAACAAAAUGCUAUCUGUUACGAGAAGAGUUCUCCGUGCGAGAAAGAUUGGAGAAAAAAGCUGGAGAAAUUCGGAAACAAUAAAUAUAACGAUUCAUUAAAUGGGCAGAAUGUUUUACACGAACUUGAUUUUCAGGAAUGUGGGAUAUCUCUAUCAACAAAGGAUUCUUUUUUAAGAAUUAUUGGCGGAAGAGAAGCUUUGCAGGGAAGUUGGCCUUGGCAGGUCGCGGUUUUAAACAGACAGAAACAAUUUUACUGUGGAGGUAGUCUUAUUUCUCCGAAAUGGGUGGUAACUGCCGCUCAUUGUGUUAGAAGACAGAUGUAUAUCAGAGCCGGAGAAUAUAACUUAAAUGCUAACGACGGCACCGAACAAGAUGUAAAAGUGGAUGAAUAUUUUAUACACGAAGAGUUUGAUCCCGUGAUCGUUGAUAAAGACAUUGCUUUGUUAAAAUUAGAACAUAAUGUCGUGAUCACAGAUUAUGUUAAACCCGUUUGUCUGCCGAAAUCUGACGAUAUGUUACACAGUCGCAAUCGUGGAACCAUUUUGGGAUGGGGGAAACGUCGUGAUAACUCUGAAUACGGAGCUGAUAUUUUACGUCAAGCCGAAGUUCCCAUCGUAGAUUUAGAAGAAUGUAGAGACGAAUAUGAAGAGUACGAAAUUACGGAUGAUAUGAUUUGUGCGGGUUAUAAAAGAGGAAGAGUGGAUGCGUGUACGGGUGACAGUGGUGGAUCGCUCCUAUUAAAAACUGAUAAUAAAUGGUAUUUAUAUGGAGUCACUAGUUUUGGAGAAGGAUGCGGAGAGGAAGGAAAAUAUGGAAUAUAUGCUAAUGUGCCCAACUUUGUGAACUGGAUAAAAUGGACUGUAGCGCAAUUCUCUUGAAAAUAAUAAUAAUCUUCUAUUGUGUUUCUUUUAUCAUUAUAUAGCUAUGCUAUAAAUACAUAAGAUAUUUUAUUUCAGUUGAAAUAUUUUCUGUU